GCUCCGGCGGUAUAUAUGUAUAUUAUAAGGCUGCUCCUCUCCCUCUCCCCCCCUUCAUCGGAGAGGCACACGCUGUGCGGCACAAGCGACGGCAGUGGUAGUCGGCCAGUCGUGCGUGGAAUGGACACAUGUCGGACGCCACCAAAGGAGCAGGCCAACCAGGUCCGAUGACCUCUGCGUCGUCCUCGGGGCUGCAAACGCCAAUGGCGGAGCAGCACACGUACCACUGCAGCUGUGCCUGGUCGUGCGAGGACGACCCGCCGCCUUACGCCUCCCUCGUCGACCCGAGCCCCGAGCACCACCACCACCAGCAACAGCAGCGAUUGCCGUGGUCGUACGUGUUUCAAAGGUGCGAGACGGACAACCGGACGAUCGCCAGGCCUCUGGUCGCCAUACCCCUCACCAGCUACGGGAUCUUCAAAAUCGAGCCACCCUCGUACACGGCGGCCACGGCCCAGGCGCCACGCCAGCAGUCGAGGAUCGUGCCGGAGCUCGGGCCCGUCGUCAAGUCGUCGUCUGGCUCCAGCCGGAAGUACAGCGCAAUCCUGAUCGCCGCGACGGUCAUCAUUUUCCUCAUGGCUCUGUCGCUGAUGGUCAGACUCGUCACCGAGAAGAGCUUCUGGAGAGGAUAAGCGCCGUCCCUCUCCUCCUAUUUGUCUCUCUGCUGUGAUUUCUCAAGAGAGUGCCUUCGAACGGACACUUUUAUUUUUCUCCUCCAACACUAUAAAUUAUAAGCGAGCGUUUUUUUUAUUUAUUUAUUUUUUUUUUUUAAUGCAUACACGUACACGCGCUCACUCGGAGGCUCGAAAAGAAAAGCAAAAUGUCUGGAUUUGUCUUGCAUCGAUCGUAAGAUUGCGUUAGAUUUAUACAAAAAACAAAACAAAAAAAAAGAGUGAUGGAUCAUAACAUGAUACGUUACGUGUAUGUGUCCACUAAUCGAUAGAUCGGUAGGUGUGCUCUAUACUUUCCUAAGUUUUACUCGAUUUUUGAUAAAUGUAUACUUAACCACGAUGCCAUAGAUAAAUUAUCUACUUCCAUCCGUCCAUAUACGCAUACGUAUAUAUUUAACAAAUACUGAUAAACAAUCAACCGUAUAUAGUAAAAAUGGUUAUACUCAACUUUUCGACUCAUAUCAGGGAACAGCAAAAUAAAACACACACAAUUUCGUCAGACUGACACGAUUAUCAUUAUAUACAUGCAAUUAGUCGGUAAGUCAAGCCUAUAAUAACGUAGCUCGUAAGAUAUAUAUAUAUAUAUAUAUAUAUAUGUGUGUGUAUGUAAUAACGUAUCGUUAUCGCACUGUACUCGUACGCAGCCCAUUGUUGAACAAAAACUUUGUUAUUUAUAAA